GUUGGUGGUGUCACGUCAAGAAAAAUUAUCUCCCUCGCAGGCAUUUCGUGGUAAAUUUUCGGUAUUAUAGAAAAUUACGGAACUUUCCGCACCGAACGUUAUCAUUUCUGCUAGAGCUAGCUUUCUACCAGUGCAGUUCUACCGAUAAAUAAAGCGUGGUUAUCGACAGGUUGCAUAAAAUUCAAGGAAUUUCACUACUAGAGAUUUUUUUUUCGUGUGGCAGUUUCGGAAACAGUGUCUGAAAGCCUCCAGCAAAAAUACGGGAAGCAAAACCUUGAAGGAACACUCGAGAAAGCAAAUCCGUGAAAAAAAUGUCGAGUACCUACCAUCCGAACAACAAUAGUGGAAACAACCGCCGGGGUGGCCACAGGCGAGGCAACAAUCACCAUUAUCACGACUUCCGGAACCAACAUCGCCUACAACAACAACAGCAGCAACAUCAAGAAAAACCAACCGCGGAACCGUCUGAAGGUGCGGAACCCUCGGAAGCUGCCGAUGAAACGUCGUGCGUGGUUUGUCUCAAGCAUAUCCAGUACUAUGCUAUCGGCGAGUGUGACCAUCUGUGUUGCUUCGAGUGUGCCACCCGUAUCCGGGUCCUGUGCCGCCAGAACGAGUGUCCCUUCUGUCGCCGAGAUCUGGCGAAGGUGAUAUUCUCCCCGGAACUGGUCCCCUACAAGGAACUGGACGUUCGGAACCGGUCCGGCCUGUACGAUAAAAAGUAUCGCAUCUGCUUCACCGAUCAAGAAGUGCGCCAGGCGUUCUUCGAUCUUCUCGACAACAAAUGUCCAAGAUGCGACGAGAAAAACUUCCCCAAGUUCGACAUGCUGCAGGACCACGUCCGCAAGCGACACGAGCUGUUCUACUGCGACAUCUGUACCGAACAUGUGAAGAUUUUCUCGUCGGAACGGCGCUGCUACACCCGGCAGGAGCUGGCUACCCAUCGCCGAGUUGGCGAUCCGGACAAUGGGGGUCACAUUGGGCAUCCGCUGUGCAAAUAUUGCGACAAACGGUUUCUGGACAAGGACGAACUGUUUAGGCAUCUACGAAAGGAGCACUACUACUGCCACAUUUGCGACAACGAUGGGGCCAAUCAGUUUUAUGGAGAUUAUGAGUGCUUGAGGGAUCACUUUCGGACCAGUCACUACCUUUGCGAGGAAGGAGAUUGCCAACAGGAGGAGUUUACUACGGUUUAUCGAACGGAGAUAGAUCUUCGAGCUCAUAAAGCUCAGGUGCAUGGAAAGAAUAUGAACAAGCUUGCCAACAAGCAGACACGAACGUUAGAGCUGGAGUUCUCGUACGCUCCGAGGCAUCGUGAUGGAGCUGGCGGUGGUGGAUUAGGGACGGGUCCUUCUGGAAGUGGUCCAGGAGGUGGUAGGAAUAACCGGAACCACGGCGAUGGAGAAAGAGGUGGUGGUCGAGGUGGUGGUGGCCAUCAUGACAAUCAGAGAGAGUUCGACGCGCUACUGAACGAUUCUGCCCAGAUCAAUCAGAAUCCCCAGAAACGGAUAGAUGCCAACAGUGAACAAGAUUUCCCAUCUCUGGGAGGUGCGAGCGGUAAUAAUCCAAUGUUCCGAACAGGGAACAACGUUUCCAUUCGGCAGCGAGUUUUUGGUGUCGCUGGUUUGGCUAGGACGAAAGAGAAUUUCCCUGCCCUCGGAUCUGAGGGAGGGGAAGGUUCCGGAUCGAGCAGCAUCAAUGAGGGCUUCAGUAGUAAGAUCACUGCGAGCUCACUGUUAAAACCUAGUCAACCGCAGCAGGGAGGUUCGGGAGGAGGAAAAAUUCAAGGAGCAGGUUCUUCCAAAUCCGGAAACAGCAUGAUGAUUCACGUAUCCAACCGGCCACAGAGCGGAAGUAGUACCAGUGGUGGACAGCAAGGGAAAAAAGCGGCAGCGAAUGAUUUUCCUGCUUUACCAGGUAGUAGUAAUAAGAAGACGGACAUCUACUCGGAUUUGCCAGAGAGCAAUGGUAUGGUGAAUUUGAACGCCAUGUCCGCCAAACAUCGAGCCAUGGCCAACGAGUAUGUGUCGGUUUCUAGCAUAGUAUCCAAAGUUGCCACUGUAGCACCGCCGUCCAAGAAGCAAACCCAGGCUGUCCAGCAGCAGCAAAGCCUUCCCAGUGUCAACUCAUCGAAAGCCUUUCCUACGCUUUCGGAAACCGGAGGCGGCAAAACAGCCGGCGCUCCCAAACCCGCUCAGUGGCUUGUUGCAAGUAAGGUUAAUUCGUCAGCGUUUUCUUCUUCUGGCGGGUCUGCUGGAAGUUCGUCGGGACAAAUAUCCUCCAAAAAGAAGCCAGCUCCAGCUCCUAAUUUGAAAGAGGAGAGUACCUUUGUCAACCUUAACGCUUUGACGGGGAAAAAGGGUACCAGCACUGAGAUGAGUGUCUCUAUCAAAGAAAAGAACAACAACGAUAGGAAAAAUAAUAAUGAUCAGGGGCAGUCCAUUGGAAAAGCCCAAAACAACGGCAAAACGUCGAAAAGCAAAUCUGGAUUAAGUUCAGGUGGGUCAUCAGGUAGCUCAUCUCCUCCUGAUUCGAGGAACAAUAAGGAAAAUGAAAAUGGAGCGGAUCACUUUCCCGUGCUGGGCCAUCAACCAGUAACGGAUUUUGCUCUUGCCAAUCUUGGAAGUGGAACUGGUGGUGGUCCCAAACGCGGUCCACCGGGCUUCGAAAGUUAUGCAACGCAUGCCAAUAACAACCAGAGUGAUACCGGCAAUCGGAAGAUUCCUGGUCCGCCUCCGGGAUUCAGCAAUGUCACGUUGAACUCCGUAGCUCGAAGCACCAACAAUUUAACGUUUACCAGCUCAAGUGGCGAGAGCUACAAUAUUUUACCGGGGCACCACAGUUAUGUUGCUCCCUCGAAUGCGAGUAAAAGGAAUCAGAAUCUGGUGACUCACUUUCAGAGGGCUCUAAAGCGACCGGAUGCGCUAAACGAGUUUCGUACGAUUUCGCAAAUGUUCCGCGAUAGUCAGUACAAUGCAGCACCGUACUACGAACAUUGCAAGGCUGCACUAGGCGAGAAGUUUGUGGAUAUCUUCCCGGAAUUACUCGCACUACUGCCAAAUAUCACCAAGCAACAGGAACUUUACUUGGUGUUUUGCCAGGACGAAAAGAUUCGACCAAAGUCUGGUAAAGGUGGUAGCGGUGGCAAAUCUUCGGCCCUGGAGGUCUGUCAGGUCUGCAAACAGGUAUUAAUCCGGGAAGAUUUGACCGAACACUUCCAGUCCCACUAUAUGGAAAACAAUUUUCCGAAGCUGGACAUUAAUGAGCAACAAGCUGGCAAGGUAUCGUCUUCCAGCGCCUGGCGGAAAUAGCGACCGGGUGGUCCACAAACCAGGCGUUUCUAGACACUUUAAUCGAUAGGAAGUGUAGAUUUGUUAUUUUUCACUAGCAUAGUUCGGCGUGUGUCUUUGUUUUUCGCUUGCGAUGGUUCGAACAUACUGAUGUGAUGUUUUUUUUUAUAUCAAUCCUCUCGGAACACACGAACUACCUUUCGCCCGUAAGACGUAAGAAAAGUUUUAUUUCAAGCAAACAAAUCAAAUACAAGUCUUAGUUCUAGGAAACUAGGCAAGAUUUAUUCAGUUUACAAAAUUGUCUAAACUUUGAAAAGAAAAACGUAAGAAGAACAAUAAUUAGUGCUACGUUAAUUUGAUUCUUAUUUGUUAAGCGAUAUCCUCCACUCUCAACCUGCAAUACCAGCCCGAAAUGUUUUUGUUCUCUGUAGGCAGUUAACCAUUUUUCAAAAUUAUCAAAAAGAAACAAAUUCAGAAUUUAAAAUUCUAUUAGCAGAAAAGUUAGCCUUUGCAAAUACAAAUAGAAAACAAAAUAAAGAUAUCAUAAUUAGUUUUUAAAUAACCACUAAAGUAUAUCUAAGGCUUUGUUCAUAAACCACGCGGAACGAUUUUGAGCCUUCAUAUUCCCUUCUCCUUCUUUUUGCCUGUUGAUAACUACUCCGCAGAAAACAAUACUGUUGCACCAUUCUAAGAGUCGCCCCUCUUUAAAUAGUAGUCUCAAUGACCGCUCUGAAGGUUUGAUAAAUGUAAAUAUCAUCUGAAAACAAUCAUUCAGCACAGUUUCAUCCACUCCUAGCUUAGCCUAGAACUAGCUCUGACAACAUGAAUAUGAUAGAUGAACUCUGUACGGUUUAACUCUCCUAGAACUAUCGGAACCAAUUUUGCAGAAGCUGAGUGUUCGAGGAGAUCGAAAACAAAUUUAUGGUUGUAUAAAAUGCUUUGAUGAAGAGAUAAACACAACAGAUGUAACAAAA